GUAGGUUGGAAGUGUUUUUAUCAUUUAUUUAUUUUGUUUUAUUUAUUUAUUAAAUUUUACUAUUUUUCAGAAAUACACGCUGGUGCUCGCCAAGAUGUAAACAACGUGGCCGACGCUUUGGUUCAUUUCGCCCUUUCAGCCAGCAACAUUACACAGACAACCCUGAUAACUGAACUAAGUGACGUCAUUGACGUACAGUUGCACGCGCUCCUUGUGAAACUGGAAGAGGAAGCGGCAAUCUCUCGAACAGCGGCUGGUGACACGUUUCAAAUAUGUUGUCAGUGUACUGUCUGCACUUCAAAGUGCACCGAGUGUGGGAUGUCAUGGUGCUGUACAGGCCAUGGAGGCUGCAUUUGCAGUUCAUGCUCAUCACAAUACAACAUGACUUUUGAAGCAGUCAAAACACCAGUUCACAGUUUUGACGACGUUGUCAAGAACUGGGCACUGGAAAGCAAAGAAGAACUACGAAGGACGGUAAAGAGUUUCUUCGCAACCAAGUUGGCACCUUCCAAUGACCACUGCUGUAAGUGCACCAGUUGUUCCCAAAAGUGCAGGAAGUGUUCACCAGUUGCCUUACCUUGCUGCUGCAAGGGACUUGUCUGCGCAUGCGUGUUUUGCCCAAGUGGUAAAAUAGUUAUGGAAGCAGACAGCGUCGACUUCCUGGGAGAUAAACGGGCAAACUUAAACGAAAGAAUGUCGUUGGUCGACAGCUUGAUUGACAGGAUUCUCAUCAACCUCAAUUAAACACAGGUUAUCUGAACAGGCAGACAUCCUUCCUGAUGUAGCAAAUUCAGCGAACAUCGCACAUGUAGGACAGUUAGAGGCAACAGCCUCCAUCUCUGUAAUCUGAAAUUUGUUUCAGUGGCAAGUGGAAAUAUCUUCCAUCAGUGGAUACGAAAACAAGCUACAGAUUUGAUUAAACAUAGUCAAUAGGAGCAAACCAUCCCCCGUUUACUUUCAUCAUCAGUAGUUUAGUUCUGCUCUGUCUAUAUAUUUCACAAUUCUUUAAAUUUAAUUUUAAAUAUUAAUCCUAUUCAUAUUUGAAUUCGCUUCAUUAUGCUUAAAAUUACGCUAAUUAGAUUAAAAUGUUGCUGGUUGUUUUAAAGCACAUUUUGAGUUACAGUGAUGUUUAUUAUUUGUCGAUUUUAUUAUUAAGAGCAUUAUUAUUUUUGUAUGUUAAUGAUAAAUAAUAUUAUUAAUUUUAAAAUUCUAUAUACUCGAUCUAUUAUAUGCAA